AUGAACUAUAAGAAAAGAGAAAAUAUUUCCGAAACUAGAAUGAAAGCUAUUUUGACUACACUAAUUCUGGUUAUUGGUCUAUUUCAUGAAUGUUCCUCACUCGCUCUAAUAGACAAUAAACUUCCCCAUCAUAUUUCCUCAACUUACGAUCUUAUGAUUAAUGGUUUAGAAAGUCUACUCCAGUUCUAUAAAAGAAAUUUCAAGGAAAUAACUGUAGACGGAUAUAUUGGACUACUGAAAGCUAAGGAAUAUUUAGGAGCAACGGUUGAGAAUAUUGACAAAGGUUUAUCCCCAUUAAGUACUCAGCAAGCUAAUCAAGUAAAGCAAAUUUUCGAAAACUGUAGCGUGUUGCUAAUUCAUAUAGAGGCAGUCUUGGUCAAUAGUAGUUCUUCCAAGCAGUAUGAUUUAUUUAAAAUGGUCCAUACUCCGCAUCCAAUCCCGAAUCAGUUGAUUAGUCUAAGACUUUCGAAUGUACACUCCGGUGCCUUAGAUAAGGAUUCAACGGCCGGCGUUAAAUUUGCUAAUAUUUCCGAUAUGUGCCUAAUGGACAUAAUCGGCACGAGAAAGCGUCACCAACCUGCGUGUACAUUUAGCGAUAUCUGCUGGAAAGGUAUUACAAACUAUCAUGCGAGGAACUUUGAUAUCAUUCAUCAGUUAUUCGCCAUAUUUGUUGGUCAAAAGUUGAAUUGUACGAACAAAAUGAACGUGCUUGCCCAAAAAUUAGGAGGAAUAGAAAAUGUAAAAGCUGCGUUAUGCAGCCGAAUUUAUCGUCAAAUGUAUACUAACCUCAAUAAUGCACUUAACAAGAUGCAAUCUUGGGAACUAUUCUUAGCACAAAUUUACAUAUGUGGCGGUCCUGCUGGCUUUCAAAAGUUUGUUGAUGCUCAGUUUCUAUCAGCCAUUCUACAUUGGCAAAGCAAUACAGGAUGUCUUAAGUCAAGUCAUAGCAUUUUUAGCAGUUUAGGUUCUGAAUUACUUCCACAAAAUACACUCGUUACAUCAUCAGACCAUCCUAUAGGUGGGAUAGAUAAAGCCUGUUAUAGUCGUCGUUCUGCUGCAGCUACAAGUGUUCUAUCAAUGUACUUACAUUGGUUCUCCAGUAAAAAAGAAAUCUUUAUUUUACCAACUCCAACGAAUUCUACAGCAGCUAAUAGAAUGGAAUCAAAUGAAUUUCUUACUAUUAUUGGACUUAUCGCUAUUGGCGCAGCUCUUAUUGCUGCCUUUUUAUCAAUUUCUGUAGUGUAUUGUAUUUGUCCUCUUGGCCGCAAAGGUCAUGAAUAUCAGAAAUUACAAUCGAAAGAGCCGAGCAAGAAUGCUGACGAAUAA